UCAGUGGAAAAACUGUCAACGUGUGAUAAGACAGUUAUUCUUUUUCUAGGAGUGAAAUGAAUUAGUAUCAGAAAUAUAAAACAUACAUGAUGUGAGGAGUACUACGUACGCCAACAUGGUCAAGAUGGCAUGUGAAUUCUGGGAUUUAAUCUGAAGCAACUGCUGUAAAUAGCUGGUAAACAGUCAUCGUCUGCUAUAUUGAGUUACCUCCCUUUUACUAACGGGCACUAUUUCACAACAUUAUGUUACAUUUUACAGCGAACUUUCAAUGAUUCAAAGGAAAUAUGUCGGACAAAAGAGAAGAACAGAUUGAGGAAAUAGAAGCUUUGAAGUCCAUCUUUGGAGAGGAUUUUACAGAUAUAACUCAGGAUCCUCCAUGUUUUAUGGUCAGAUUGACAACAGAAGUGGAACUAUCAGGUCCUGUGUGGCUGCGGAUCACCUUCUCCACCCAAUACCCAGAUGAAGUGCCAGUGAUAGAAAUACCUAUGAGGUCUAAAGUACUCGCCUCCAACCAGUGUGAGGGGCUUGCAAGGCAUCUCAUAUCAGUUGCAGAGGACAAUGUUGGUAUGGGCAUGGUGUUUACCCUGGUGGAUGAAGCCCAACAGUGGAUCUCGGACAAUGUUCACACGUCCACAGUGCAGGAGCAGGAGCAGGACCAGGAGCCAAGUGAGGAAGAUGUCUCCCCUACCAGCCCACAACGCAUCCUGACAGAGGCCAGGCCAGCUGGAGGGCGAUGGGACUUCGUCAUUGGCCUUCUGGGGAAACCAUCUGCUGGCAAAUCCACCUUCUUUAAUGCAGCUACAACACUAGAUAUGGCUAAAACAGGGGCUCACCCAUUCACCACCAUAGAGCCUAACAUUGGCAAGGCUUUCUACUCCACCCCCUGUCCCUGCAGGGGACUUGAGAAGAUGUGUGCUGCAGCUUAUGGCCACAACGUCUGUGGGGACCGCAAUGUGCCGGUGUUGCUGAAGGAUGUGGCCGGCCUGGUGCCUGGAGCAUGGGAGGGCCUGGGCAGGGGGAACAGGUUCCUUAAUGACCUGCUGGACGCUGAUGUCCUGGUCCACAUCCUGGAUGUUUCAGGGAAGACAGACGAGAAGGGGCGUGAGACGGAGGAGUACGACCCCAGCAGAGACGUGUGGUGGAUACAGCAAGAGCUGCAUCAGUGGAUCUAUCAGAACAUCAUGGACAAGUGGGAUGCAAUUAAACGCCGGCCUCAGAAGCUGGUGGACAUGUUUACCGGCUACCAUGCCACCAAGGCCACAAUACACGAUGUACUCGAUAGGGCAGGGAUAGGAGACAAAGAGCUGUCCAGAUUGUCGUCCUGGAAUGGUGAUGUGCUGCACAACAUUGUGACGGAGUUCCUCAGUGUUCGCUUCCCCAUGCUGAUUGUUCUCAACAAGUGUGAUUCUGACACUGCCAAGGAUAACAUAGAGAGGCUGCAGUACGCUCAUCCCGGGCUGCCAUGUAUUCCUGUGAGUGCUCGCAGUGAGUGUCAGCUCCAGCACCUACACAGGGCAGGAGUCAUCGACUACGCUUGCCGCAGUAACUCCUUCGCGGUCUGUGGCUUGGACGUUACAGAGGGGCACAGACUCACACUGCAGCAUGUCCAGGAGAAUGUGUUAGAUGUCUAUGGUUCCACCAAUGUCCACCAAGCCUUGUGUAAGGCUGUCAGUCUCAAGCAACCAACAUACGCCUUCCCAGUGCAGUGUCUGGACACGCUACGCUCAAUAGGCAAAGGUCACAGUGUUGGGGAAGGUGUGAUACUGAGAGACUGUAUCUCCCUGAAGCCAGGCACAACAGUUGACCAACUGCACGUCAUCAUGUUGCAUUAUCCAGUCAACCUUCUCACUGGGGACUUUGUCCGAGCAGAGACAAUAAACAGUGAAGGAAAGAAGAGGCCAGUGAAGAAGGAUGAGAAGAUCGGGGACAGCAACCAUAUUAUUAAGAUAAUGACCACAAGAAGAAGUGCACUUUCCUGAUAUUUGUUCUAUCUGAUAUAUCUAUGUAUAUAUUAAAUCUAAUCUUCUUAACUCUGACAUAUAAUUAUGUCAUCAAUUUGUAUCAGUUUCAUAUAUGUUGCAGAUGUGUGAUAUAACUAAUACUGUUCAAAGGGGCAUCAAACCAAACUCACUCACUCACUCACUCACCUACUCAUUCAUGUAUGCUGCACAAAGUUAAGUGAUUCCCAAUUUUCUAAAGAUGAAACCUGACCAGUUUUCCAUAAAGGUUUCUAUUAUACAUGUAUUUUGAUAGGGAAUUGGGGAAAGGAAAAUAUGGCAAAUACAUACAUGUAUGUGCUGGUGGGAAUAGGAAUCAAGAUGCCGUGUGAAUACUACAAACGUUAAAAACUUGGUUCGCUAAAUUUGCAGUUGAUACACACGUUUGAUGAUGUGACACAGAGACAUCCUACCCUGAGUGGUCAAUCUUGGUGGCCACUAUCAUUCAGUCUUUCAUGUAACCUGUCUACAUCUUCUGCGACUUCAGACAGUUGUGAUAUUGUGAUGUCUUGAAGAUUGACUACAAACAUUUUCAGACAUUGAUUUCUGUCUGCCCAUAGUUGUCACCUGUACAUUAAGGACUUUUUUCCAUCUCACAGUAUGAAACAAUGACACAGCAAAGUUUCCUACUGAUGGGCCUGAUACAUUUGUGCCUUUGCACUUUUCUGUGUCUUAGCCCUGCCUUUUGGCAUGCUCCAGCAGAAACUUGGUGUGAAUUAGUAUUCCUUUCUAAAAAUUAUUUCUAUUCCAAUUUAGAAAUAAUUUUGUUUUAAAUUCCAAAAGGUGUUAAACUAUUUAUUGACUAUAUUUAGAUAAGUUUAGAGAUGGAAGGAGCUUCUUAAAUGGCCACAUAAUGUGAAUAAGAAAAUUUGUGAGUGUUACAGGACUGAAAAGCAUGAAGGUAGCAAAUAAUGCAUAUUAAAUUAACAUUUUUUACAUGUGUUCUUAUGUGAGAGAGUCUGUGAUAUUAAAUGUCUAAUGAAGUUGUUGACACGUUUUUUGUGAACAGGACAAAGAAACUGUCAGAUGCAAUAAAAUUAUUACAUAAAUGCUGUUUCUUGAGACUACAUUGAUUUCUCACAUCACAUUAUAUUCCACAUUCCUAUCAUUCAUAAAUCUAAAAUGAUCAUGUCAUCAACCAGUAAAAAAGGUAAUAAAGGUAAAAACUACUUUUUUUGUUAAAAGCAAUGUGUCUUAUGUUCCAAAGUGUAAAAUGAUAAUGUUAAAAAAACAUUAUUAUUUUACAUUUUUUAAUAUAAUACACAUUGCUUUAUGUGUAUUUUAGAUAUGUAGAAUGGGCCCAGGGCGUUCAAUAC